GUUGGACGCGAUUUUCACAUGCAAAUGCCCAGGCCCGUUCCGCUGACGUCCCGCGUUCGUCCCCUUCUGCCAUCCGUCAAACACUCGUUCCUAUUCCCCUUAGGCAUAUAAUAUCGCCUCGCUUGCUUCUGCGAAAGGCCCGAACCCUUGGAGUACCUCGGAUGCAAGCCGUCGUCAGUCACACGCAGCAGGUGAAGAUAGGUGGUGCCCUCAGUUCAGCCGCAUCUUCGUUAGCGGACCCUGAGUCCCCCACGCGUUCCAAGUUUGGUCAUACUAUGCCUGGCCUGAAUACCCUAGGACAAGGCAUGUUACAAUCUGGCUCCGGACACCCGAGAGUCGCGUUAAAUGCUCUCAUCGUACAUGAUCUACUGUAUUCUCCGGGCCUCAUCUGGGCUGAUAAAACAUCGUGUAUCAUCGACCUUUCUGUGGAAUCACAGUUGUUCCGCAAGCUGCCCCUUGUUCGCCGCCCUGAAGGUUUCGGAAAAACCUCCUUUUUGUCUAUGCUAGAGUUUUUCUAUGACUGCAAGCAUUUCGCAAAGCCCAUCUCCAACGUGGUACUCAAGUGUACACGCGUCUCUGAUGUUGAUACGAACGCGCCGCUUAUGGUCGUGGCGCAUCGUGAUUUAGUCUUGACUUUUGAUCUGUCGGUGCCUUCAGUGGAAGAUUUUCACCAUUCACUUGGUUUUUACAUCAACUCCGUGUUAAGAAAGUUCUUAUGGAAAUACCAGCAGGAGCUUAUGAUCAAGCCUGAAGACAUUCCCAUAUUUCUUAGCGAGGAUUGGAGCCUUUCAUUUGGUGGCGUUCUGGAUCUCGCUCGCCAACAAUCGUGGCGCAUCUCUAUCCUCAUCGACAACUACAACGCACCAUCCAUCGCUUCUGGAAACUCGUCCGAGGUCAACUUAUGUCUAAACCAAAUAAUCAUUUCGCCCCUUUCCAAGUCUUUGCCUUAUGUCCAAGGGCUCAUCGUAGGCACUGGUGAUGCACCGGAUCCUCUUAUCAAUCCCUACUAUCGCAACGGCAGAUGUGAUGUUUGGACUGCGGUGGCUGUUGAUAUGACCGACGAGGACAUGGUGGAAGCCACAUUUGGUUUCACCCUCGAGGAGAUCCACGAACUCGAACGUCGUCUGAAUGUUCACUCGGUUGAGGUGGAGCUGGUGCCGCAUCGGUUUGGUAACCAAAAGGUGUACUCCAUGACACAUGUGUUGAACAAAAUUAGCAAAUAACUUGGAGGUUCGGACAUAGACUUGGAUAUAACCGCCCCUCUUGGGAAUUUAGCAAUUCAGACCCCUUCUUCUCCCACUGGUCCGUAGAUUACGCUUGUGUAGUACUAUAGUCAUGUUUUUCUGACAUUGUAUUUGUAGGAAGUCCAAUGUGAUCGAGUACACGUAAGUGGUUUCACCCGACAACCACCAUG